AUGGCAAUGCUUGUCACCUCCGUCCCUGCAUUUGCAGCGUCUCAACCCACUGAGCAAUUCGACAUCGCUGCGCAGGAUGCUGCCGACGACAAGUUUCGUGACCUCUUCGACGAGCAAAAGGCCAUGGUCAAAACUGUGCGGAACACGGAUUGGCUGGAGCUGAUCUCGAACCUCCGUGGGGGCAACUUCCGGACCUCGGCCUCCCUGCCGCCGCCCGGAGGUGUCGGCAUGCGGUUGUUUGGAGAAAAAUGCACCAGCUGUGCGGGCCUCGUCUGGGACCGCUCGAAGUUGGACCUUUCCGAUGCGUUUAUUUGGCCCAGUGGCUACAUGGCGAAGACAGAGUUCAACAUCAACCACAAGGGCGAGCUUCUCAACGGGCGGUCCUCUGCAUUGGUCACGAUCGAGCGCCUGAUCGAAUGCAACUCUCGCCGCCUGACAACGAAUGCAGACACCGGCGAGCUGCAGGAGAUUCCAAUCGGCUCGCAGUUGGCUUUCAACGAGAUCAACUGGCCCUGCACUGGCACAGAGGGCUUGGCGGCAGUCUUCGUCCGCUCCGUGGACGUCGACCAUGUGCUGCAUGCCUUGGGCGUGGUGGCUCUACUCGACCAUGCGCUCGGCUGCCAGUUGCCGCUGGUGCUGAUGGACUCCAACAACGCCGUUCGCACGCUGGACCAGGCGCUGCAGCGUGCCUUUCUCCUGGAGGUCCCGAAGCCCGGCAUUCCGGGCACUUUGCCGAUGGCUCUGGUCCCGCGCUUCCCCAUUGCCGUGGACCACCUGAGAGAGCUUUCGGAUGCCAAGAAGCUGGAGCUUCACGCCAUGUAUGGCAUCACUGCAAGCUGCCUCCGUGAGAUUUUCCUGGAACACACCUCGGACCCAGCCGCCUUGCAGACAUUGGAUGGGUUCCCAAAAUUCGGGGGCUCCCCUUUAGGCUCCUUGUCAUGGAGGUGUGUCAUGUUUCCUUUUUAG